GUGACUUCUCUCCCAAGCGUGCUUUUGUAGGUCGUUUAAAAAUGUAUUCAAACCCAAGUUAGGUCGUCCUUAUUCACACUUCACACACAACACAGAAGGAAGAAUAACGCACAGCAAAAACAUAUUUUUAAGACACAUUCCACACCUUAAACUCUUCAAACUCUCUCUCUCUCUUGAAGUUUCAAUCUUUUUUCAAGAGAGAAACACAUUUACAACAAAAUCUCACAUACCCACUUCAAAUUCUUCAAUUGGGUUAUCUUUAAUCUUCAUUUUCAUCAACCCCCGUUAACAUUUUUCAUCUAAAUUAAUUUUUUUUAAAUAUAAUUUUCUGCAAUGUCGACUGGCCCGACAAUAAACGCCACCUCAACGGUGCCAUUAAUUAUAACUCCGGGGGAUCUACCACCUGCAACAACUCUACCUUCCCAGACCCCACCAAGCUCUAAAGAAAGCCCUUCACCACUGCCAAGUAUUUCAACCGGAGCUAUCGUUGGUAUCGCCAUCGGGGCAGUGGUGAUUCUUAUGGUGUUGCUCCUUCUCUGCAUCUGCUGCUGCAAGAAGAAAAAGAGAAGGCGUGAUGAAGAACGUUGUGCCCGUGAGCAAUCAGACCGUGAGCGAUCACAACAUCAAAAUCGUCGACUAUCCCAAAGGACUAAAGCCAAACAAAAAAAAGUGCAGGGACCAAAGCUAAAAAAUGAUUCAAAGUCACCGUCUCCUGCUCCAAUUCAAUCAGGACAGCUGCCUGUCGUAGCAUCGCCAAAGUCGACUCAUGCUUCAAUUUCAUCACGACAGCCGCCUCAUGCAGCACUGCCAACGCUAACGGCGCCUCCUUUGGUAAGCAGCUCUGGCGGCUCCGGAUCAAAACCUUCAGGUCACAAACUGCCUCCUUCUCUUGGCACUGGAUUAAAAUCUGAGACGAACAAAGCUGAAAUGGCUACACCCUUUGAAGUCAAAACUAGACCUUUUGUAUUCAUAAAAGACAUCAACGUAAAAAAGGACUUUUGGAAAAUGGCUGUGAAGGUUAGGGACAAAUGGACAGUUGUUAAGGACGGAAGGGAGCACUCAGAAAUGGUCAUUGUGGAUGCAAAGGGUACUGACGUUCAAGUCAUCAUCCCAACGGAAUACAAGGCUGAAACCGACAAAAUGAUUGAAGAAAAUACAACUUAUACACUGAGCAACUUUCUGGUAUUGACCAAUGAUUUGUCCUUCAAAGCAUCAGAUAACAAGUACAAGUUGAUUUGGACUGGUGGAACAACUGCUGUAGACCCUAAUGUUCAUGAUAUCCCUGAUAAAGACUUGAAGUUCAAACCAUUUGCUGAAAUUGUUGAUAGGAAAUGGCGUUCUGAUCUAUUAUACCAUGUCAUAGGCUAUGUUCAUGAAAUUGGAUAUCGUCAAGGAGUGUCUAAGAAACGGCAAGUGAACUUGACCUUGAAAGACCUUAGUGACAUAUCUUUAAACUGCACUCUUUCGGAGGACUAUGCUGCAAAAUUCGACAAAUUUAACAAUGAUAACAAGGAAAGUGGCCCAGUUAUAUUGAUGUUGAAGUAUGGGAAGAUUAAGGAAGAAGGUAAAUACCUCAGUGUUACUAACACGUAUGGUGCUACGAAAAUGCUGAUCAAUGCUGAUAUAUCCCAUAUCAAAACGUUCAGGGAAAGCUUGCCCAAGAAUGAUCAGAUGAUGACCCAAAGCCAAGUUAUGUGUACACAAUCAUCAGCUGGGUCGCAAUUUAGUACGGAUGAUGACUUGCUAUCUAAUCCGUUAAUCAUGCCACUAUCUGAUAUUCUGCAGCUUGAACAGAUUUCUUAUGUUGUCACUGUUGCAAAAAUAGAGAAGGUGAAUUCAACUAAAUUCGGUUGGUACUACUUGGCUUGCGACAAGUGUGGUAAGAUUGCUAAGGGUGACAAACCUCCAUACACUUGUGAGAAAGGCCACAAUACUGAGAAAACAAUUGAGAGGUACAAACUUGAGAUGGAUGUUUUGUAUGGAGAUACAAAGGCUACAUUUGUUUUUUGGGAUCGUGAAUCCACACAGUUACUGGGGAUUUCUGCUGCCCAACUUCGAAUUAACAUGAUUCAGGCUGGUAUUACAAACCGACUAGAAUAUCCAAUGCUCAUGGAUAGCAUAGGUGGGAAGACUAUGGCUUUUAAGAUCAAAUGGCAGCCAAAAUGUAAAACAAUAUCUGUCGUUUGCUAUAGACAAGGAGAUGUUUUGGCUAAGUUGGUCAGUUCUAAAUUCCCCGAAGCUGUGAUCGACGACUUACAUGCUGAGUCAGCUGAUGAUGUUGAAAACACUCCUGACGGUCUUACCGUUACGGAAGAGGUCACGAUGUCUGUUGAUGUAUCUGCAACUGCUGAAUACAAUCCGGUCACAUUGAGCCAGCUCACCCCAAUGAGUGAUAAGUCUCAAGGAAAGACCAGCAAUGAUACGUCUGAUGAUAAAUUCACGUUGAAGAGGGUUAAGGUUAUCAAGACUGAAAAGAUCAUUCCUGCCAAGCAGUCUUCGUCGAAGAAGGUUAAGGUUAUCAAGACUGAAAAGAAGUGAAACAUGAUCUCUGUUACUACUUAUCUAGGGAUGAUCCCUGUUUUGUAAUAUUACUAAUAUUGCUUUAUCGCUUGGUACCAAACUUUCUGCCAAUGUGAUAAUAGACAAGUUAUUCAUCCAAUAUAGGAUGCUAUAUAUAUAUAUAUAUAUAUAU